CCAAUGGAAGACUAAGUGGAUUGAGGUUGGAAUAUGGUGAAUUUCGUCUUAUUUUGCGAAUAUGUUAAAGAAAAUACGGGACAAAAUUACAGAGGAGGUGCAACAGACAUCGUUAAGACUCCCAGUAUCUGUUCAGCAGUCUGUACAGCAGUUAACACAGAAGUCAGCUACGGAUCAGUGGCUUGAGGCCGUUAAUGAGGGAAGCCAAUUGAAUCUAUCACCAUUCAGUGGGGCAGCAACCUCACCAGGCGAACAGAAGAAAGAAUUAGAGACAGGAUCACUCCAAGAUGAGCUGCUGGUGGACAUCUCAGAUAUUAGGCCAGCAGGACACAAUAAGGAUCUUUUCAGCAUUGAUGAGGACAGUCGUGAAGGCUCUCCUAGUAAGUCUGGAUUCCAGUUAGUGGACUUAAGUGAUGCAGAGACCUUCACCCCUGCUGACUCUGGGGGGGGUCCAGGUCACGGGCAAGGAGUGGCUGGGGUGACAUUUGACCCUACCAUAACAAUGAGCAGCAGCCCUACCCAUAGAGCCAGACGGGACUCGUCUGGCUCUAGUGUCAGUGAUGUUAGUGGCCUCUUCCCCAUCUAUGAGGUUCCUGGAGUGUCUUUCAAUAUGCCACAGAGUGACUUGGAAUCAUCAAGUGAAUGGGAGGACAGCAGCAAUACGGCCGUUGUGGACCGACUGAGCAAGGACACCGUUUACCAAGCUUACCUCAAAAUGCGACAGCGCUACCACAAGUACAAGGGCCGGUACGCUGAUUUAGCUCGGGCAUACAAAGACAAAGAAAGAGAAUCAGACAAAUUGCGAGAUGUUCUCACUAAAACACAAGAUAAAGCUCUGCGAAAAGUGAGUGAGCUGAAGGAGCAAUGCACAUUAGAGCAGCAGGCAAAAGCUCACCUGGAGCAGGAGCUUCGCAGUGACCUGGAGGAAAAGGACCACAAGAUCACAGCUCUCCAGACUAAGGUGAGUGGACUACAAGAACAGUGCGUCCUUCAGCAGCAGGCCAAAGCCCAUCUAGAGGAAGAGCUUAAUGCUGACCUGGAGGAAAGGGAGCACAAGAUAUCAACGCUCCUGACGAAGGUGAAGAUUCUACAGGAAGGUGUCACAGGGGAUCUAAAUAUCACAGUUGCACCUCCUCAGAACAAUGAGCAAUCGGCAGUAAUUCAGCAGGAUGUGUGUUUCAUCAAGAAUCAGGAUGAAGGUGACAGUGUCUCGGCAGGCGACAAUUCAUCUGGAACAGAUAAUGUAUCAACAACUGAGAGUGUGUCUUUGGCAGAUAACAUUUCCAUUGCUGACAAUUUGUCUGUUGCAUCCCAUGGGUCAGCUUCAACUGCAAUUACAAUUAACACUGAAGCUGAAGAAGUGAUAGAGAAACUUAAAGGUGAUGUAGCCAAACACAAAUCCUUAUUGGCACGGUGUAUGGACAAUAUUCGGGGCAACAAGGAACGCAUUGCUUUACUGACACAGGAACGGGACAUUGCCACCACCCAGCUUCAAGAUAAACUCAAACAGAUUGACAUUCUAAAGGAGGAACAUGUGAAGGAGUUGGAUUCACUAAGGUCCAGCAUGGAAUCAUCAGCCUUGAGUAUGGCAGAGACAAAGAAACAACUAUUUGAGGAGCUGCAGGUGAAGGAGGCAGAGACUGAGAGAUGUAAACAAGCAUCUGCAGCAAUAGAGAAGCAACUGGAAGACGAACGGGACAGAUGGCAGGAAGAACUUCAGAUCAAACAGCAGGAAUUAGAAGAAAAAGAAACGUCUCUUCUGGAACUUGGGACCAACAUUGCAGCACAAGAAGAUGACGAUGCAGACCGAGAAGAGUCUGUAGCAGCCAUCAAAAAAGAGGUAGAGGCCAGGAUCCACCAGCUAGAGGCUCGCACUCUUGAGUUUAAGGAAUCACGAACUGAACUCGAAAUUCAACUGACAGAAAUUAACCAAGCUAAAGCACAGCUUGAGGAGAAAGUACAACAACUAAUGAAAGAUAAUGAAGAGUUUAGAAAAAACAAUGAUUUGAUGGAAGGUGGCAAAAUGGAGGUAGAACAAAAGUUAAUAACAUUGGAGAGUGUCAAGGUAGAACUUGAGGGUGAGAUAAAUGAUCUCACCAAUGUUAAAAAUGGACUUGAAGAGCAAGUAAAGGAAUUAUCAGAAUGUAAGAUGCAGCAGAAGGAAAAACUAGAUGAGUUGAAGAAAAGUCAGUUGGACCUUCAAAAGCAGAUGGAAGAAUUACAAGAAGCUCACACUAGUUCUGCUGACAUUAAUGAGGCUGCUUCCCACGAGAUAAUGGCCCUGAAAGAAGCCAAUGGACAAUUGACUGACAGCUUAGAGCUGAGUGAGAAAGAAAAGGGGGAACUUAAAGCAACUUUGGAACAAGCAGAAAUAGAUAAAGAGAACAUUUUGAAAGAUAUAAGUGAAAAAAGAAUUAAUAUAAUGGACUUAGAAGCACAAAGUGCUGGUCUAGAAGUAAAGUUAAAGACCAGCAUUGAGGAAAAUUCUGACUUGAAAGAUCAAAUUAACUGUUGUAUUAGGGAGAAGGAAUUUAUAAGUAAAGAACUAAAUGAAACAAGAGACAAAAUGGAAAAAGAGCUAAGCUCACUAGCUGAAGAAACUGUGUGUGUAAAGCAUGAAUAUGAAAACACUAUAAAAGAAUUAGGACAAUUAAAAUCUGAAAAAGAGAAUGUUGACCAGACACUUUUAUCUCUUCAAAAGGACAUGGAAAGUUUGAAAUUUGAAAAGGAGAACUUAAGCAUGACACUUACCGAGGCAAAGGAUAAUGUGACCAAAGUGAAUCAGGAAGCCUUUACAGAACUCAAUUUGGUGACAGAAAAGAUGAAUAAACUCAACAGUGACUGGGCAAAACAAAUGCAAGAAAAAGAUCUAAUCAAUAAUGAACUCAGCAGGAAAGUUUCUGAGCUAGACCAGUGUUUAAAGUUAAAAACUGAUGAGAGUCAGCAAAAAAUUGAAAGCCUUAAUUCCAUGUUACGACAAACUGAAUUAAAUGACAGAGAAUUACAGUUGAAAAUAGAAAGCCUUCAAAAUGAGAAUAAAAUAUUUUAUAAAGAUAUCGGUGAUAUGAAGACCAAUUUACAGGCUAAAGAGACAGAAAUUCUGAAUUUUGAAAAGAAAAUGCAUGCGGGAAAUAGUGAACUAAGUGCCCGAGUUGUUCAGUUGGAGACUGAUAUUAGCAGCCGUGAGGUGGAACUCACAGCUGUAGUCGAAGAGAAGAAUAAACUUAAUGCACUGAUUGACAAACUGAAACUGGAAAAGAACAAACUGCAGGAUGAGUUAAAAACGGCACAUGGGGAAGUAAUGGAUCUCAAGAAAGUGGUUCCUGCAUUACAAAUAGAGCUCAAAGAUAAAGAAGAGCAGAACAAGAGUUUGAUGGAGGAAAUGACAAUGCAGAGUGAGAAGAACAAGUUGACGAGGGAAGAAAUGCAGAGAGUUUCAGAAUCUUUUGAAACUGAGAUGAUUAAAGCAAAGGAUAGUUAUGCAAAGCUGAAAAAUAGUUAUGACAAGUUUAUUAAAGAAAAGGAUGCAAUACUUAAUGAACAGAACAAAGUAAUUGCAGAGCUGGAAAAGAAGGUUCAAGAAAGUAAACGGUGUUUAUGUGAGCUGCAAUCCAUAGUGACACAGAAGGAAGACAAAAUUAAAAGUUUACUUAAUGAAAAGAAGUCUAUGCUUCUUGAACUGGAAAAGACUGUUGAGGAGCAACAAAAUGAGUUGAAGAAUAAAGAGUGUCUUAUAAAGAAAAGAACAGAAGAUUAUGAGUUGAAGGUGGAGGAAUUAGAAGCCACGAUGCAACAUAAUGAAGAAUCACUGAAAACUCGUUUAGAGAGUAGCCUUGAAGAGAAACAUGACCUGGAGAAGAGGGUAGCAGAGUUGUCUCACACUGUUCUGGAGAAAGAUGAGAUGAUUGUCAGACAGGCAGAAGAAGCUGAACAGAGAGGCUCAGGAAGACUCGAUCAAAAAGACGAAGGAGGUAGAGCUUACUUGGGAAGAGAGACUGAGCUGUCACUACAAGUGGCAGCUGAGGGAUCACCAAGGUGUGAACGUGACCGAUUCCAAAAACAGCAUGAAGAAAAUUUGGCGAGUGCCUCCCUGGAGCUGAACAAGUCACAGCAGUCUCAGUUGGAGGCAGCCAGGAGUAGCCACCAGCGUGCCAUCGCCACCAGGGAUGCCACCAUUGCUGCACUGAAAGACGACCUCGACAAGCAGCAACUCUCCCUCCAGGAGGAACUGGACACUUGGCGCAACAAGUGGAGAAUUUGCAGAGGGAGCUGGCUGAAGCUAGGUGCCAAUCAGAGUGUCAGGUUCUGGGGUAAGGUGAGUGUGGCUGGUGUUGGAGGAGUGCCAGGUUCUAAGGCGGCUUGGCCCCGGCAACCUCAAGCUCCAACAGUCGAGGGAGACUCCUCUAUGGCAGACUCCGACUCCAAGAAGCAGAUAGAGCUGGAGUGUCAGCAGGUGCAGGAGCAUUUGCUGAUGCUAACUGCUGACCGCGACAAACUCCACCAAGAGUUUGAGCAGCUUACCAGGAGCAGUCACCGCCUCCUGCAGCAAAUUCAGGAAGAUAGUACAUCAGCUAGCGAGAGGAAGUUCCACAGCUAUGAGGCAGAGAAGAAGAGGAUUGAAGAAAAGCUGGAAGCUCUUGAGAAUAACAUCUUAGAGAAAGACAAGAAUAUUGCACUUUUAGAUGCCAAGGCUGGUGAUUACUUACUGCAAGUGAGCACAACCAGUAAUAACCUUUUUGAUGAUGAGGAGAAGGUUGAGAAGCCCAAUAUCAGUAGUGAUGGUGGUUAUGAUGAUGUUGAUGCAGUAGGUGUUGGGGAGGGAAAAGUGUCAAUUGAGGGUGCUAGAGUUGGUAGUCAUGAGCAUAAAGUAGAUUAUUGUGGAAAAAAUGCUAAGGAGAAAUCUUUGGUCAUGAUAGAAGGCAACUGCAAUGAGAAAGAGGAGAUUUUUGACAGAAAGGUAAAUGAUGCUGAUCUUUUGGAUGGUGUUGGAGGAACAAAUGAAGAUCGACCUACUGAGGUUGGUGAGCAGCAGCAGCCUGAACAUGUACUUCGUGAUGGAGUAAUGGCAGAAGAACCACCAUUGGAUUCUGUUACUGAAGCUUCAGCAGAUGUGGCCAUAUCUAAGCCCAAAGAUGGUGAAGUUGUAGUGAAGGUAGAAGCAGAAAAGGCAAGUGAAGAUAAUGUUAAAGAAGAGAAGUGUAAAGAGAAGGAACUAGUCCAGAGAGAAAUUAGUGAUACAGUGCUUGUGAAAAAAGGUGAUUUAGAAAAGAUAAAGUCAGUUGUGGAAAGUGAUAACAAAGACUCGGUGGACACUGUAGUAGUUAUAGAAGAAAUAAAGGCAGAAGAGAAAAAUGAGUUGUCUAAAAAUGUUAAUGUGGCAAAUACAGAUAAAAGCUUAGAGGAAGGAAAAAGAAAUGAGAAUGAUUUGAUAUCUAGUGCAGUGACGCCAACUGAUAAUGUAAGUGGACUGUUACAUACUGAAGCUACAAGUUCUUUGCCUUCUGCAACUUCAGCCCCAUCUGUAGCCCCUAUAGUGACUGCAGACACAACUCUCCCACCCACUGGGAUCCCUGCUUCUGAAAGCAGCACCAAGGGUAUACCUGGGAGGGACAAUGCAGGUAAGCAGACUAGUGGUAAUGGAUCGCCAGUUCGUGAUCAGGUAGUCUCUCUAUCAAUGCUUGUGGCCGAACUUCGUCGAGUUAAAGAUGAUAUGGGGUGUAUGUCUGUCAAAGAACAUUCCUUCAUUGAAUUGGAAGAUCAACUACAGGCUGCCAAUAAAGAAGUUUCUUCUUUAAAGGUUUCAAUGUCGAGAAUGUCAAAAGAUCUUGAAGAAAAAAACCAAUGUUAUCAAGCACUUGAGGAGGAGAAUGAAAAGAAAAUGGACAUUGAAUUUAAGAUGAGUGAAAUUCAGGAUGUCACUAAUAAAUGCACUAUGUUGGCCGAAGAAAAAUCUGAUUUGUUACGAAAGUUGGAGGUGUUAGAGAUCAUGAUGACGGAGUACCGCACUGAGAUAGAGAUGUUAAUUGCUGAAAAGGCAAAAAUGGAAGAGCAGACUAAAGAGUUAUUGGCUGCUAAAACUACAGCAUCAACAGCUGAAGCUGAGAUAGAUUCAAGGACCAAUGUUGAGGAAAAAGAAAAGGAAAUUGAGGAGCUAGUUGAGAAGGUACAGAGUAUGGAGAAAGAAAUGAAAGAGUUGAAUGACAAGUUAAAGGUUACCAACAGACACUUGAAAGUCAUGGCUCGGGAACGUGAGCACAAACAGAAAGAAUGUGAAGUUCUCAGACGCAAAGUUGAAACGGUGGAGCUGAAGAUGUGUGAACUGCAAGGAACAUUUGACAUGCUGGUGAAGGCUGUCAUGGUUGAAAGAGAUGAUCUGAUUAAGGAAAUGGAGGAAAAGAGAAGUCAGAUAGAUGACCUGCAGCAGACUCUAGUUCGGCUGAAGGAUACUCAUGAACAAGAACUUGAAAAUGUGUUGUAUGAUAAAAAAUUAAUUAAUGACGAACUCGAUAAAUAUAAGUCCGGUGAAUUAAGGUCAUCUGCUGUACCUAUGGUGGAAAAGAAUGAGCUUGAUGAUGUCAAAUUACAGAAGGAAGCAUUGGCAUUAGAAGUGAAGCAGAAGACUGAAGAGACACUACUUCUUGAGAAAAAAGUGAAAACUAUCCAAGAUGACAUGACAGAUUUUGUUAAUUCCCUCAAGGAUGAAAUGGCACGUUUAAAGGAAGAUAGUGAGAAGAUGAAGUCAGAAAAGGACAACUUGACAGAAAUAUUUAGUUCACUACAAGCUGAACAUUUGGAUCUCACAGGUAAGCACCAAAAUAUGGAAAAAUCCUACCAAGAACUUGAGAAGUCAGACAAAGAAAAGACUUCUAAUCUGGAGGCUCUGAGACUGCAGCUAGAAGACUUACAACAGCAGCUGGAAGACCUUAAUGCUAAGAACUUCAACAUGACAACUGAGAUAUACAACAAAGAAGAAGAGUUCCGAGAGGAGCUGUCAGCACGCGAGGGAACCAUCCAAGAGUUAACUGUAACUCUCACUAAUAAUCAGAAACAGUCCAUGGAAAACUACAAUGCUCUUCAGGAGGACAAGAGUUCUCUGGAGACAAAAUAUAAGAAUUUGCAAACAGAAAAUGAGAAACAGCAGAGAACAAUGGAGGAAAAAUUAAAGUUGUCUGAAGAGGAGAGAAGUCGAGAGAUAAAAGAGCUGCAAGAAAAAAUAGAAUCAUUAGUGGAAGAAAUUAAUAAACAAAAGAAAUCACCAGUAAUAGAUUCUGAGGCAUCUGGUGUGGCUCAGUCAGAUUCUUCAGUAACAUCUUCCUCAACUUCCCAUUCUCUAGUUGCAGAUAAAGAAUGUGUGAAGGUUGUGGGUAAAGAGAAAGAGAUUGAGAUCCUGACAAAGAAAGGAAAUGAUCUCCAAGAAGCUCUAGAGUUAACUCAAAAAAAGUUAAAUGACAAAGAGAGUGAAAUGAAAACACUUGUGGAUUCUGAUAUUCCAAAGUUGCAGCAGACCAUUAAAGAACUUACAGCAGAACUUGAGGCUGUCAAAGGUAAAUCCUCAACAAGAGAAAGUUUUGAGAGUCACGAGAAGUUUGAAGCAAUCAUUACUGCUAAGGAGGAAAAAAUCCAAGAACUUGAAUCAAAAGUCAGUGAGUUGGAUAAGUGCAUGGAUUACAUCACACAACUUGAGGGAAAACUUGAAGGAGUGUCGCAAGUUCCAAACAAUGUGGAAUCUCAUUUAGAACAGAUAAACAAACUGAGUACAGAUAUUUCAAAACUUAAGGAGGAGCUGAUGCAAAGCUGUGGAGAAUGUGAAGCCCUAAAAAAUACCAUCACUCAGUUAGAAAAUGAAAAGAAAAAUGUGGAAAUUGAGAAAGCCAACUUAGUAAAAGAGUAUGAAAGUAAAUUGCAGAAAGCCGAUACUAAUCUUCAGGAAGCUAAUGCAGAACUAGAAAAAAAAAAAAACUCGGUUGAAAGAUUAGAAUUAGAACUUAGUCGCAGUAGUAGUAGUCACGUAGAAGAGGUUGCAAAGCUAGAAAGCAGCCAUAUAGGUAGAGUAGCUGAGUUAGUGAAGCUUCAUAAACACAAAGUAGAUGAACUUAAAGUAAGUAAUGCAGCCAUUGUCAGUGAGCUGAAUAAACACAUUGAUAAAAUUUAUGAAGAGAAAGUAGCGCUGAAUGAGGAACUCGAUAAAAUCAAACUUGAAUUAAACAAAAAUUUGUCCAAAAGAGAAGUGAUCAUAUUGGAGGAAAAGAAUGAUCUUCAAAGCAAGAUUCAAGUUCUUCAACAAAAUAUUGUAUCAUUAGAGAAAGAAAAGCAACAAAUUGAGGAAGAAAAGAGAAUAUUAAAAAAUGGUUAUGAAGAAGAACAAAUAAUGGCAAUGGAAAUGCAAACUCAGAUGGUUUCUGACCUGGAAAAAUUGAUACUUAAUUUGGAAUCUGACAAAGGCAGUUUAGAGAAGCAGGUGGCACAACUACAGGCUUCAUGUGAUGUUCACUCAGGCAAUAUCCUUGAGAGUGAGAAAAAAGUAGCUAUUUGUGAAGAUUUAGUCAUAAAUAUAGCAAAAGAAAAGGAAAUCCUCAAGGAUGAGAUAAAGAAGCUAAAAGAAAUAAUUGGGGAAGAGACUGUUUCACGUAUCAAGGAGGACCAUCUAAAGUCUAAGACCAUUGAGGAACUCACAGCAAAAAAUGAAAAGUUAGAAAAUUACCUUGAGAAAGCUCAGAUAUCUUUAGAAGAACAAGAGGAGAUUUAUGCUAUGAAACUAAAUGAAGAGAGAGAUGACCACUUGAUGCAACUGAAAGCCUUACGCAAAGAGUUGUCAGAGGAAGUCAGUGUUAUUGAAGAACGAAAAGAACAAUUGGAAUUAGAAUAUGAAGAAAAAAUUGCCUUGGUAAUUGCUGAAUACCAGGAGCAGAUUAGUACAGUAAAUAACACUUAUGAGACCAGAAUGCUAGAAGAAAAGGCUCAAUUUGGUCGUGUUCUGGUUACAAAGAUAGAUGAGUAUGAGGGUAAGCUAGCAGCACAUGCUGAUGAGAUCAGUUCCUAUGAAACUCAACUUGAUGCUCUUCAAAGUGAAAUUGAUGAAAAAGUUAAAGUCAUUGAAGAACUUGAAUGUAGCCUUGACGAAAUGACUCUUAUGAGAGCUGCACUUAGAGCUCAAGUUGAUGACUUAAAAUUAACUAUGAGCAAAAUGAAUGAGAGUGGAGAAGAGUCAUAUUUAGAUAUUCUCCAGAGUGAGUAUGAGACUAGACUCAAUGAUAUUCAAGAGCAUUAUGAAUCUCAGUUAAGUUAUCUUCGUUCAUUACUGUCAGGGACAGAGUAUGAGGUGCAGGCAGCAGGAUGUAGCUCCCCCUCACAGGGCUCAGAAUACUCUAUUGAACUUUCUUGUCUUCGACCAUACUUGCAAGGGCAGUCAUCCCCCAUAGCUGAUCUAGCAUCAGAAUUGAGGUCACAAUCUGCCCAAGAAUCUCAGUCUGGUUUUGGGGGCAAUAGUGAAAUCCAUGCAUUGAGCCAGAGUUUUCAUCUCCUAACUCGGUCUUCCUCGGGUACUAAAAGCAAGGAAGAUAUCCAAUCUUAUUCAUCAGCAGAUGGCAAAAUAGGUAUUACUUUAACAUCUUUAAGUGCUCAUUUAAGGACAAAAUCAAUUUCAAAAGCCAAAAGUAAGUGUAAAUCCAAUGGGUCAAUACCUCGUGUGUUGCUCAACUCAGCAUCAAGAUCAGAACUUAAACUAUUACAAGCAAGUUUAGGGAAGAAGAGUGAGCCUUUGGCUAACAAUUCCAAGUCCAAAAUACAGCAGACCAUACAUAAAGGACCACAGCAGACAGGUGAAACCAAUAAUGGGAUCAUCUAUCAAGCACAACCAAUUGAUCAUGAUUAUCAGUGUCCAGAAGUAUCCAAAGAUGGGGCCAAGUGUGAACCCCAGUUACCCAGUCCUGACCUAGACUCACCCACUUCGUCUACAAUGGGGGCGAAACCUCGACCCCCUCGCAGAAUUGCCUCGAAGUGCAAGUCCUCCCCAUCAACAAAACCCUCGACCUCUGUUGACACGGAUCCUUUGCUGGCCACCAACAUUGCCAUCUCCAGCACCACUCAGCCCUCUGACCCUGACCCCAACAACACAGCGCUUGACAAGUAUCGUAUUAAAGUAGAAAUGUCCACGUGUUGCAUAGUACUGAGUGAAAGGCUUCGGGUUAUUGAAACGACUAUGGAAGAAACUAGUGCUCAACUUGCGACGUCGACGGCCGGGUGUGCUGGGCUGGAAGAGAGGCUCCAGCAGGCCAAGGCCACCUGUGAGACCCUCACGGCGCAAGUAGAAGCACUUUCCAACAACAACCACCAACUCACUGAGAAAAUAGAAAGUUAUGAGAAAGAAAAGGAAGAGACAACGAAAACUAUUGCUAUGUUAGAAUUUAACAAUGAACAUAAUAGAAAUAAGGUAUUGAAUAUGGAGCUGUCCAACAAGGACCUUCAAGGAAAGAUAGAGGCAUUGUGGAAUGAAAAGGGAGAACUGAUGAGGCAGCUUAGAGAAGGAUCUUCCGGCAUCUAUGAGCAGUUAACAAAAGAAAAAGAGGAACUUGAACAAAAGUCAGCCAAAGAGAAAGAGGAAUUACAAAAGAAACACAUAACAGACGAAAGAGGCCUUCAGGAUCAACUGGAGGGCCUCAUGGAGAUUAGAUUAGGAUAUGAGAAGCAGAUCAGCCAGAUAGAAGUAAGCAAUGCUGAGAUGCAUGGUAAGAUUGGAGGCAUUCAGCUAGAGCGUGAUGCUGCAAAAUCUGAGGCUGCCCAGCUCAUGACACAAAAACUUGAUAUGGACAAGAAACUUGAAGGUCUCACUAAGGUCAAAGAGAACUUGGAUGAGCAAGUUUUGGUACUCAAAGGAACCAUUUCCAACCUGGAGGAAAAAUCAGAGACUGAAGAGAACCGGAGUCAGACUCUUAGUGAGACUAUUAAUACACUACAAAACAAUAUCCUCAACCUUCAGAAGCAGGUAGAAGGACUCAAUGAAACCAGCGGAAAGCUUGCCCGGGACCUGCAAAGUGAAAGCAAGCUGCGAAUUGAAACCCAGGCUCAACUAUCUCAGGUGAAACAGAUGCACAAGCAGCUUGAGGAAUCCUAUACUGCUGAUAGGAUAACAAUAGACAAGCUGGAGAGUGAAAAGAAGGACCUGGAAAUGACAAUUACUACCUUAAAGGAGACAGAAGUGAAAGUUUCUGAACUCCAGGCUCGUAUUGCAGAGCUUGAGUCUGACAGGAAGACCCUCUCAGCGAAAUUAAGCAUUGUACCUGAUACAGUUGACACCCCCAAUGACAACAAAGUAAAUAUAGUGGUAGAACAAUUGACUGAAAAAACACAAACGAAUAUAAAUGAACGACGAAACCCAGACGAAGAAGAAAUCAUACGAUUGAAAGCUUUGUUGAAGGAAAAAGAUGAAGAGGUUAACAGGAUACAACAAAGCCUUAAGGAUGUACAGGAACGAUUAAGAUUAGCAGAAGUAAUAAGCGGAGAAGUUGAAGAGCAGAGGGAGAAAAUGCGCAACUUAGAAGCCAAGAUGGUCUUAGCAGAAGAACAACACCGUCAGCAAGUCAAAACUGUGUCUCUGGAAGCUGAAAAAUGGGUUACUGCAAAAGAACAAGAAUGCCAACAGACUAUCUCCUCAGCUUAUGAUCAGCAAGACAGUGAAACGAGUACACUAGUACGGCAACAUCGUGAUAUACUGCGGGAAGCUCAGGAAGAGGCUCGGGAGAAGGCUGCUGCACUUGAUUCUGUUGCUCAAGAUUAUCAAAACCAGCUCAAGGAAAAAGAUGAAGAACUGUGCAAGUUUGUCCAACAGUAUGAAGAACAACUAGCAUCCCUCAACAUGAACCAUGAACUUCACAUCAAGGAGGUGGAGGCCACGUGGAAAUCCCGUGCAGAGAGGAUGGUGCGGCAACGGGAGCGGCAGCUCCAAGAGGAGAAAGAUGCACUCUCACAGGAGUGGAACAAGGAGCGCAGGGAACUAGAACGACUAACUCAAGUAGCUGCAGCAGCUUUCCGAAGUGGGACCGAGUCAGUGGAGCUCCUCAAGAAACAGGUGGCAGCUCAGCGCAGGGAACUGGAGGAGGUUAAGAUGAACCAUGGGAAGGAAAUUGGGGAGCUCAAAGCCUUGCUGGAAUUGAAGAGAAGAACGAGAGGUGGUGUUGGUGGAGGUGUUACUGGCACAAGAUUAGGAAUGGCGUUAGAGGAAGCGGCAGAGUUUGAGUAUUUAAAGAACAUCCUUUACCAAUAUAUGCUUGGCAAGGAAACACAGACAUUGAGUAAAGUCCUGUGUGCAGUAGUGAAGUUUGAUAGCCAACAACAACAGGAGAUCUUGGAUCAUGAAGAACAUCGUCAGAGUCUGCAGCUGCAAACAGAACCCAGCACAGUCCAUUCGACACUAUUAGGAGAAGAAAGUUGUGAUCUGUCCAAGACCCUGUGAUGAUGCAGGCAAGCAGGCAUUCACAGCCCACAACCACAACUUAGUUUGUGGAUUUAACCUUUAGCAUCGCUACAAAGCUGGUCACAGGGUCUGGGUCUCUACUGAACACCAUAGUGAAAAUGCAGUGUUGUCCAACAGAAGAGAAGACGUUUACAUGAUGUUCACGACAGUACCUGAAUUAUGGUAAAAGCAGACCUUUGACUGUUAUUCCAUUAAAAUAGUUACUGUUGUCAUUAGCAGCCUAUACUAUAUAUGGUGUUUGAUGUUGUGCAAUAUAAUAUUGUACUUAUAGACUGGCAGUUGGAGAGCUCUCUUAUUAAAAACUCAGAAGCACAGUGUUAACAUACAUGUUCAUUAUAAAUUAUAUUUUCUUAUUGAGUAAAGUUUCUUAUAAGAAGGACUACCAUGUGUGCCGACACUUCAUAUAACAACUGAACCGUGAAUACCCAGAAAAACUCAUGUCUGUCUUUUAUUAUAAGCCAGUUUUGUAAACCAUUCAGUUACCUUUACCAAUAGUUUUCAUUAUAAGAGACUUCCAAUUUUAUGCUCUUGUUACCAGUAAUGAUUCAUAUUCGAUGAUUUUCAUGGGACCAGUCCAUGAAAUAUACAGCACUAGUUAACUGAAAAUUUUUUCCAUUAAUAAACAUGAUUAUGGUGUAAGGCUUAAGACAAUAGUGAAGUACAUGUAAGUACUAUAACAACCUCUGGUACUGAGCUUACUCUGACAUCAUGUUUAAUAAAUGUCAGUAAUGUACUCACAGAAUAUAGUCAUCACCACCAUCUGUUGUAAAAAUAGAUGUUGUGUGUAACCUCUAUAAAUGUUAAGUAACUGGAGCAUGGAUCAGCUAAUUGGUUGUGUUCAAUUUUAUAAAAGUAAAAUCUAGUCACCUUUAUAAAGUCAAAGGACAUUGAUAUUGAUAAUCACUUCCUGGUGGUUGUAUAAUGUAACUCUUUUCUAUUUUGAGAAGAGAGUAUGUAUAAAUACUGCCAAAUUAUUUUACUGUUUUUCUUCAUUUGUCAAUCAAUUUUCCAGAGUACCAUAUUUUUUAAUGUGUCAAAACCAGUUUGGAUAUAGAUGUGUGAAUAUUGGCCAUCAUCCUGGGCUGCUCUGAAGUCCAUGAAUAUACUGUACUAAUAACACAGCUUCAUCAACCAAGGCAUCAUAAACACAGACCGAUUACUUUUAUAUUUAUUUUAUAGUUAUAUACAUAUAUCCUAAUUGGAGUAAGUUCAUCAGCUUAUAGUGAAUGCACUGGUUGUCCAAUUGUGUUGAAAGCACUUAACUGGACUGGGUUUCCCAAGAGGUUGUAAUCUCCUUGAGAUUGGAAGGGUGAAAAAAGAAAAUCAUACCAAUGAAAUAUAUAUUUGCUUUGUUAAUACUGUAUUUCCAGUGGAUCACUCUUCCAGAGAUGUAUUCCAUAUUCCUUUAUUUUGCAACUGCCUUGACAAUAAACAACAGAUACUUCUUAGGUAUCUAUUCAACCUGGUAUCUCAGGUAUCAGGAAAUAACUCAGUUGCCAGGACUUGAUGUUUCAUGUAUCCAGGACUUGGCAGCGUGGAACAUCAGGAUUUGUAAAGCAUGUGUCUAGAAUCAAGACGCUCCAGUAUCAGGACGUUUUAUGUUAAAUAUCAAAACCUGAUGGAAGUUCAUGUGAGCCACCAACCAGUACCCACACAGUAACAAAAUCAUGAUAAUUCAGAUUAGUAUAUUUUCAAAGUUGUACUAAUGGUGAUUAUGAAUGUUGUGUUAUAGAAAAUGAAUAAUGUGAGUUUCUGAACUGUAAAAGAAAGUAAAGCCUGUAUAAGCAUUAGGUGAGGGACACUGUUUUACCUUUUGGAAGAGGAAGUUAAAGAAAGGUGAUCAAGUGUGGAUUUGUGGCCUACGAAGUUGCGGAUGCCAAUGAUAUUUAAAGUAUUGGUAUAUCUGUCACAUAGAGCCAUUGUAAGUAGAAAAUAUGGUCUUUUCCUUUCCAUUCCUCUCAUCCAGCACCAACAUGCAAUAAUGAAAAAGGUUUUCCAACCACCCAUUCAUACAUGAUAGUGACUUUCUCUUCGAUAAAUUCAUUACUUACAAUUUAUUCCUCUGCAUAUUUUUAUUGUUGUUGAAAUAAAAUACUAUAAUUAAUAUUAUUGUUGUAAAUCAUAUUUUAAUUUUAUUUAUUUGAUUAAAUUUGGCUUUUGUAGAAGUGCUGCAGCUUUUGUUAAUAUUUCACACAUUUCUGUAUCUAUCUUAUGGUUGUCCAAGGUUUGGUUUGACCAGAGUGGAUGUACAGUGGAUUUCUUGUUGAGCUACAAUCACUCUGGAUUUACCUUGACCUUUUGGACUUUUCCAUGAUAUGUUAUUCAUCAGAUAAUUUAGAGAUGAGCCAAAUUUCAUCUUUAUUAUAAAUGAUGUCUUGAUUAUCAAGGGGUUAAUUCAUCUUGUGAGUGAAUUCUGAGUAACGUUGCAUCCUUAAGCUUGUUCCUUGAGUUAGGCAUCAGUGGUAUCACCUGCAGGCAAUUUUUUCCUAAUUUGUAAAAGGAAAUAACUCUUAAAAUCCCUUCAUUGGCCAAACAUUAUUUUAUGAAGCACAUCACCAUUCAAUUCUGGCUGUUCUCGGCCAAAUGGAUAUGUGAGAACAGACCUUGAAAGUGUAUUUGUUGUUAUCUUUGCACUGAGGAUCACAGCCACAAUGCCUGAAUGAGAGAUUUUUUUCAUAUAUAUAUAUAUAUAUAUAUAUAUAUAUAUAUAUAUAUAUAUAUAUAUAUAUAUAUAUAUAUAUAUAUAUAUAUAUAUAUAUAUAUAUAUAUAUAUAUAUAUAUAUAUAUAUAUAUAUCCCUUGAUUGAUGUAUGAUUACUUUCUACAAUAUUUUGUGUAGAUCAUGUUGAUGCAUAAUUAACUUCUUAUGUGAAAAAGGGGGCUUUUAUUCUGAGCUUCAAGACUUAUGACUACCGUACUCUUCAAAAAUCUUAAUACAGUAUCUGCAAAGAAAAAGACAUUUUUUAAAGUCAUUAAUAAAAGUUAAUGUUGGUCAGUCUCACAUACCGAUACUACACCAAUGUAUUGUACAUACUAAACACAACUUUGUAGAUAAUAAACACAGUACUGUACUGUAUUUGUAUAUUGUA